UGGCUCAGAGGCCCAGUGCAAGCCGGUCACAGCACUCCGCGCGGCCAGAUGCGGGCCACGCAGCACGGGAUGCGGAGGGAACCCGUCCUCUCGAUCCCAGACACGCCCGAGCAGGCGCGUGAGGAGCUCGCCCGGCUGCUUCGAGCGCGUCCAGGCAUCGAGGAGGACCUCGGCUGCCAGGAGGGGUGCUCCGACAAACAGCUGGUCGAGUCCCUCCUCAAACACGACUCGCCCUUCGCGCUGCUGCGCUCCCUGGGCUUCGAUUCCAGCACCGCCUCUGACGCCUCGCGCCUGCUGAAGGAGGCCAGGCUGACGCCCAGAUGUCCCCAGGGUGCGCGACCUCGCCCGCAGCAUCGAGGCGAAGCUCGCGCCGGUGCCGCGGCCCUCUCCCGCGAGGA